GAUCCCCUCGUGCCCUCAUUGAUCCCCUCGUCCUCCCAUCGAUCAUCUCGGGCUCCUCCGACUCCACAGUCCGCGUGUGGGACGUAACAACAGGCGCCAUGCUGAACACGCUCAUACACCACUGCGAGGCGGUUCUUCAUCUACGCUUCUGCAGCGGGAUGAUGGUCACUUGCAGCAAGGACCGAUCGAUAGCAGUGUGGGACAUGAGCUCGACGACGGAGAUCAACUUGCGCCGCGUGCUGGUCGGCCACCGCGCCGCCGUCAACGUGGUCGACUUCGACGAGAAGUACAUCGUCAGCGCCAGCGGGGACCGGACCAUCAAGGUGUGGAACACGUCCUCAUGCGAAUUCGUUCGGACGCUAAACGGACACAAGCGCGGCAUCGCGUGUCUUCAAUACAGAGACCGGCUCGUCGUGUCCGGAUCCUCGGACAACACGAUCCGGCUCUGGGACAUUGAGUGCGGACAGUGCAUUAGAGUGCUUGAAGGACACGAGGAAUUGGUGCGGUGUAUACGAUUCGACAACAAGAGGAUAGUUAGCGGCGCGUACGACGGCAAAAUCAAAGUGUGGAAUCUACCCGCGGCGCUCGACGUCAGAACGCCGCACCAGGAUCUCUGCCUACAGACGCUAGUGGAGCAUACAGGACGAGUGUUCCGGCUCCAGUUCGACGAGUUCCAGAUCGUUUCGUCAUCGCACGACGACACCAUCCUCGUGUGGGACUUCCUGAACUACGGCGGCGCCUCGCCCGCCGCGCCGCCCGCGCCGCCGCCGCGCCCGCGGACCCCCGACCACGACCGGGACCUGUUCGACUAGGUCACCGAAACAGAUAAGACUACACAACCACAACAGUGGUCGAUGCCACAUAGAAGUGAAGUGAAACGAAACAUAGUGAUGUGUACAGUGAGACAGUUACCAAACGGUGUACAGAUUGACUAUUUAGGACUUAAUUUAAAUUGGUACGAUGACAAGUGAGUGGAUCACAGACGGAGACGGUGAAGUGAGGUAAUUCGGUCACAGUAAACUGAUCUCUUCAUAAGACUU